AUGCCCCGCACGUAUGGAAGAAAGCCAAAGCAGACGCGGCUAUCCCUCAACCCAGCAGGAGCUGCGUCUCCAGAUACGCAAGGAAGCCCUGGUCGUCGAGCAAAACUACGCUAUGGACAUCCAUCUAUGUCCAUAAUUCGAUCGGAAAGGACACGACUGGAUUUCAAGAAGCAAGAGGGCCAAAAGAACCGGAAGCAGCGGCCAUCGUCUCCGUCGUCGGCAAUAGCUGUGGACGAAGAUGACAGUGAGCGGGGAAUUGCGCCUAGCAAACGCACGAGGAAUGAGAACCGAGCAUCGAAGCGCAAGAGGCCUGCAGAAUCGGAAAGUGAAUCCAAUCAGUUGAAGGAAAAGAGCGACGCAGAUGAAGUUGUCAGUCGGCCGCGUCGCAAAUUGAGACGUGGGGCAGCGUCCAAACCAACCAUUAAGGAGGACGAAGACGAGGAUGAGGAUGAGCCACUAGUGAUCCCGACACGAAGACGAAGGCGUAACAUAGUGUCUGUGAACCCUCAAACGCCUCGUCGAGGCCCAGGACAGGAUAAACUGGAUAUAGAAGAGGACCUAGAAGAUCUCCAAGAUUCUGUGGUGAAAGAAACGCGUACUCGCGGCCGACUCGCCAAUUCCGCGAGGGCCCAAAGACAGCAGCACCUAGAAAUGUUACGACGAAGACGAACUGGCGAUAGAUCAGAGGAUAUUCCAGAAUCAGAACCCGAACCAGGGGAGGAAGAAGACGAAGAAGAAGCAUCAUCAGACGAAAACCAAUCCCCAGCCUACUACCAAACUCGCCUCAACUUCCAACAAGAAAAUAGCGAUAUUGAAUCCGCAAUCGCAAGUAACGAAGACCUAGAUCGCUACGACGACGACUUCGUCCUAGAAGACGAAGAGAACGACACCCUAGGCGUCCCAGCAGGCCUCGAAGACAUGCCCUUCGAAUUCACCCGACACGCUUACAAGCAAACAAAAGAAUACUUCCGAGACACUGUCGAGUGGAUGGUGUUCAACCAACUAAACCCAGCAUUUCCCCGCUCAGCAGCCAUGUACCAAGCAGCAUUCACUAAAGUUGAAGAUGAAGUCAAGGGAUGGACAGGCUCGCAGGUUAUGUCGACUGUGUGGAAUCUUGAUUUUUACAGGGCGUUGAUGGCAAGACCGUAUAUUGAGAUAACCUCGUAUCCGACUAGCGAUAAUCAUCCAUGUGAUGCUUGUAAUCGGUCAAAACAUCCGGCGUCGUUUGAUGUUAAGCUUUAUGGGAAGGCGUAUUCUAUGGAUACCCUGGAGGCCCUAGAAGACGACGAAGAUGAUGAGAGCACAAGGGGAAAAGACCGUAACGGCAAUGUUAUUCCGUUUGAGGAUAUUCGAUUCUACAUGGGACGAAACUGCAAAGCCCGCGCAGAAAUGGCCCACCCCGCCAUUCACUGGCGCUACCAACUAAACGAAUGGGUUGUCGACUACCUCGACCGCAAGGGCUAUCUUUCAGACGAAAAGAUCCUCGAACGCAGCCACUGGAGCCAGAAGCGGAAGGCGAGAUACGCUGUCAAGACCGUCGCUAUGAUGGACCAGAUGGAUGAGAUCAAGAAAAUGUGGCGCGAUUUCAAACUUCAUUUGGAGGCUGCGAGGGAGUCUGUAUGUUUGCGCCGAAAUUGA